GUCCGGAAAUGGCCUCCGCCGGAAUCAAUCCAAAUGAUUGGUUGGCUGCCGGCGCCGCCAAAUGGACGGUCAUAACGCCUCCAUAACCCAAACGAUUUUUUUCUAUUAAAUCUUCAGCUUCGCUCUCUCACUCUCUCUGGAGGUCUCUCUGUAUCUGGACGCACCUUCUUCCAUCUUCACAAUCUCGCUCAGGCGAUUUUGUUUGGAAGUAAAGGUGCAAAUUGUAUCGCCGCUGAUCGCCGGAUUCGGAAGAUUUUUCUGUGCUGUUCUUCAUUUCUUGAUUUUCGUUUUCCCGAUUAGUUGGAUUAGCAAAACUUCAUCUUUUUGUUCGUGAAUCAAUCCUUGCGUCCGACUCUCCAUUAGGGUUUCCGAAGCUUCUUUUUCAGUUUAAAAAGGGGGGAAUUCCAGAUUUUUUUAUAAAUUUAUUUGGUUGCUUUCUUUGAUUCUCUGAUUACUGAUCUUCAUUCGGUCUGGAUCUGGUUCUUUGUUUCAAAAUUUAAUUUUUUUUUUUUUUAAUUUUGCCUGCCUGAUUGGGAAUUUUGACGAAACUAUUAUAAAUUCUUUGAUUUCUUUUACUUUUUUCUUAAAUUUUUCUUUUGAGCCUUCUGGUUUCAUCAAUCUUGUUAGAUUCUCAGAUUGGUGGGGAUUUUGAAAUGGCCGUGUCGUUCACUCGUCUUUCUUAUUGGUUAUGGGGGACGAAGGACGGCAAUGAAAGCACUAAUUCAGCUCUGAAUUCGUCUUCUGAUUUCCCGUCGGGAUUCAGAGAGCACGACUCAGUUAGGUUUCCAUGCGUGAAUGGGACCGAGAUGAAAUCUUCCUCCAGACGAAUUAAGAAGAAAUGGAGGAGCAGGGAGGAGAGGAGGGUGAGGAUUGAUAGGGAGUUUGAUGUGGUUAUCGUCCCCUCUGAUGGAGGCUGCCUCUCAGGUUCUGAAACUGAUGAUUCAGAUUGGUCCAUUGGGUGGAUGGAACCUCAUGCUCCUGAGUUUCAGGGUAGUGAUGGGGAGACUGAUGGCAGCUUUGCUGUUCUUGUGCCGUGCUAUCGACGCGGCCGGAGCGAGAUCCGGGAGAGUUUGAAAGGCCAAGCCUUGGUUGCUCUUACUGAACACUAUGGAUUUUCAUCUGAUGGCUCUGAGUUAAUUGAACGAUGGCUCUCAUCCCUUCAGGACAUGUAAUAUCUCCCCAAAACUAAGCUAAAAUUAAAAAAAUAAUAAAAGAAGAGCACUAAAUAAAUAUUUAAGUCCAGCAAGGAGAGGACACAGUAAAGCAGGAGCUGUUCAUCUCCUUUGAAGGUUCUGUUCAUUGGUGUGAUUCUGCAGAGACUAUUUCUUCCUGAGAUUUGUACAUAAACUAUAUAUAUGUAUAUAAUUCUUAUGUAAUUAUCACUGUAACAUAUGGAUUCAUAAUCUUCCCCAAAUUUUGUUGUAAAAUUUAAAAAAUAAUAUUGGA